CUAGAGGCUCCCCCUCCGCCACCACGGAGGGGAGGUCCGCCCGUGGCCGGUCAAAACGGGGCCCAGCCAGCCGGCACCACCGCCACCAGCUUUCUGCAGCUCAGCCAGGACCAUCUGGGCCAGCCGGGGCCGGUCCAGCCCGGCAUGAAGCUGUUCCCGAACUACACGCCACCGAUUCCACCGCACCAUCAGCAGCAGCACCACCACCACAGCCUGCACCAUCACAACGGUAACGGUGGACUGGACGAGCCGGCCAACAACCACCACUACCACCAGAUCACGUACCAGACGCAGACGCUCGCACCGUUGCGGCUCAAUCAGGAGCACUUUCUGCCGCACGCGGCCAAAACCACCACCACGGCCGGCGGGACGAUGCCGGCCGGUGUCAAUCAGCCGCGGUCGCACGCCAAGUAUCAAACGCACCAUCACCAUCUGCACCACCAUGGGGCUGGGGGGGAUGGGGCCACGCUGCAUCAUCACAGCACCGGCAGCUACUCGCCCGAUGGUGGUGCCGGCCCGCUCCAUCACCACCACCUGCACCAUCACCACCAUCCGCAUCAUCAUCCGCAUGCGCCCCAUCUGCGGGACGAUUGCUCCGACCGGGACGAUGACGACGAUGACACGCUGGACGUGAACGAUGGUGUUGGUGUCAGUGGUGGCGGUGGGGAGGAGGAGUGCAGUGGGCAGAGCGAUGCAACAUCACCGCCCGACAGCCCGCUCUCGCCCGUCCCACCCGAGCUGCCCAUCCGGAAUGGGCUGCUGGCGGCAAACGCGCUGAACCACAUCAACAACAACAGCGGUCCAAUGAUGGGCACGGAACGGAUCCGGUCACCGCCGACGCCACCGGUCACACCGCCACCCUCCUUCACCAACCACACCGGCGGCACACCGGGGCUGGACAGCAGCGGCGGCCGCAAAACGCUAUCCGUCGCACGGCACUAUCACUAGGUUCUUAAGUAGACACGACAGCAGCACGCGCUUAGAUAGACACUCGCGAAGGAAUGGGGCGAACAUACAAGGGGCGAAUUUCCUAAUUAGGGGGUAAGGGGGUUGCUAUUGUUUUUGGGGUAUUGUGAUCUUUACUCGUUGUUUUUGCGUGUGAAAGUAGCAAGAAUUAGGUGGAUUUUUGUGGUGAAUUCUUUGUACGUUUUCGUUGCGUACAAAGUGAGCGCGGAAAGGGAGAUGAAAUUCUUGGAUUUUUGAUUGAAAUUCUUGGAAAAUAUGCUGAGAAUUUAUUUUCGAUGCGCAAAAUUGAAGGUAUCAGCGGUUGGAUAUCAUUAUUGUAUCAAAUUAACCUCACUUUAUAAGCUUUUUUGUCAUUUCUCGAUAAUUAAGCGCAAAUAAUCGUAUUAAAUUUGGAGAGCGAUGCUCCAAUACAACAAAUUUUGAGAUUUAAGGUCAUGCUAAUGAAUUCCAACUAGCAAUUGCUUGAUGGAUAUAAUUUCAUAUAUCUGCUUGUAGCUUUUAUGUGAUCAGAAAACCUCUUCAAACAUAUUUGUACUAAACUUUGAACUUCCACGUUACUGCUUUAGUCACCAUCAAGGUCUUUGGGCUGAAUGACUCUAUUCUGAGGCCGUACUUUUCGUAAUUCUUGGGUGAAGAAACGCGAUUGUGGAGGAGUUUUAUCUAGUGUUUUCUUCUUCUGAUCAAGAUGGAUGCUCUAGAGCUCUUGGAAAUAUCUUUGAACACUUUGCUCCUGAAUAUCCUGCUGAAUCCUCCUGAAGAAUUUGCCACAAUUUCUCAAUGUUUUGUAUAUUAAUUACAAAAAAGUCUUACAUGCCGUCAUUUUCGGAAAAGUCAGAAAUUUGACAUCUAAAAGACUUCGUUUAUUCUUUUAGUUUUGUGUUCGAAAUCUCAAUUCCAUUCAAUUUGAAUUGAAUUUCAAGAAUUACUGUAGUUCCUUAAAUAUGAUGAAAAUUAUUGAAGUUGUUUCGACAUGCUCUUUUGCCACUUAAUUAGCACCACAUGUUAUUAUCCCUUGGAGACAUCCGUUAUCACAGUAGCUUCAUAAUUCCGUGCCUCUAGCGUCUUGUUUGAGCAUUUCAAUUCUAUUUACCUCAAAUCGCCUCAACGAACUGCAAGUAGCCUUCACUCAUCUUGACUCCUGCGUCGUAGACCCGUAGGCUAUGGGAUUGGGAAGGGAAACGGCACCAAAAAAAAAUCAUUGCCCAUUUCCUCCUACAAAAGCACCAGUGUAUCCUGUUUCCUGUAGCAAAUGUAUCGACAUUUGUCACUGUGUGUUUGUGUGUGUUUGUGUGUGACCACCUGGAUAACGAGUGGUGGUCCCGAGCGUGGUUAGGCACUGUUUUCUCUCGUGAAAAUUAGGUCCGGUUGCCCUACCCGCUCUCGCAACAAGCAAACCAACCGUGACGGGCGUACGAGCAAGCAGCGACGGAACACGACAGGAAAUGUUGUUUAAUUAAAUUAAUGGCCGGAAUAAUGUCGGUGACAUCCGUGCCGCCAUCGCCAAACCGAAUCCAAUGGAGCCGGCGCGCACAUGCCGGAAAGGACUCAACCGUGCACGACGCCGGCAGAGGAAGUGUUUAUUGAUUUAGUUGAUGAACAACCCCCACCCGCAGAACCGGGCCUUAUCAGCGUGCCCAAUCCCCAAACCAUGCCUGGUUGCCACCGCAGCAGUAGGACGGGAGGCUUUCUUCCUUCCCCCCCUGAUAAGCCUAAUUUUGGAACAAAAGAGAGCCUAAAAGAGAGUCUUCUCCCGCCGUCUUCCACAACUGCAACCACUGUCGCAAAACUAUUCCCGGUACAUGAAAGACAUCCUUGGAUCUUUUCAAACGUGAGCUGCGGAGAAAAAAAGAAGCCCCAGCAGUAUCUUAAAAUAGGCUGCUCCAUUUCUGAUUGAUUGCUGGCGAAGUGAUUUGUGGAAAAGAUCCCUGCAGUAGGAGACACAAAAAAGGGCCCGCAACGGUUUGACAUUUACCGGUCGCCAGUUAUUUCCGAACUACCGGCCGAGAACAUCAUUAACGAGACGAUAAUUGUAAUUAAACAAAACCCCAGUACCAAGAUAUUCUCCCACUUCCUUUUUUUCUCGAUCUUCUGGGUAAAGUAUUUUGGGGCGAAUGAUGUUAUCUUUUCCACGCUCAACUGGUUUACUUCAAAGACACGCACACACACACAUUACACAAGCCCUAAUGAGCAUUCGGUACAGUGGGGGGAUGGCUAUUUACUUUCUUUUGAGGAUUGUAGAAUCAAUAUCAGUAUGGCAGGGGUUUUUUUGUACUGCAGCUUUCCUAUUUUGGUGCAAAGUUUGUCUUUUUGUCGCUGUACCAUCAAAAGAAACGACACAUUUGCUAAUGUUUUGCGCCCGACUUGCUUUACGGGUUUGGAUUUUGCAUCAUGAUGCUGCUUCCGGCUGGAAUGACGCCGCUUUUCAGCGAACUGAGUGAAAGGAACGGGUCGUCAUUCUUUGACCCGUACGACGGCGACGACGGCGGCAGUCAUCAAUCGUGCCUGCACGUGAAAGUAGGGCUCACGAUCUGACCCUGACCGGUAGCUCGGAGGGAAGAGAUCGACGUGUCCCCGGCAGGCCCCAGGGGGGAACGACACGGCCACGACGCGCUGCUAGCAAUUAGCCAUCUGCAGCACCGCCUCCUUCGGUUGGUAGCCAUAGCGAAUUGGAGCUCCGACCGGCCCAGAAAGGGGUUUCCGUUUUUCGCGACGCGUGUAUCUUGUGCACAGCUCCCUUGAGGGAGGGGAGUUUGGUUGAAAUAGACACACACACUGCACUAACCGCACUAGCCGCCUCCGGUGUCGUUUGCGCUUCGCGUAUAUUAUAGGUCAUUCGGGGAAUCGUUUCGCCACACUCGCCGACGGUGGAGCAUUCCGUGCCGGGAGAGAGAGAGAGAGAGUGAGAGAUUGGUUGCGUUGGUUUCCACUUUUAAUAGAACCAUCAAUCAAACUCACUGGUAGCUUAGCAAUACCCUUCCCGAAAGAGGUUCAUGAGGUCGCGAUAAUGUUGAAGCCACACUGCUAGUGAUGGGAGCUCGGAAUUGGAGCUACCCAAUUCCGAUAACGUGUUCGGAAUAAAUUUCGGAGCCGAAUCCGACGCUGAAAUCGAUUCCGAUUCCGAAUCCGAUUCCAAAUCCAAGGCCGAAUCCGGAACCAAAUCCGGAGCCGAGACCGGACCCGAAUCCAGAGCCGAAUCCGGGGCCGAUUCUGGAGCCGAAUCCAGAGCCGAAUCCGGACCCGAAACCAGAGCCGAAUCCGGACCCGAAUCCGGACCCAAAUCUGGAGCCGAAUCCGUAGCCAAUUCCGGAACUGAAUCCGGAGCCGACUCCGAAUCCGGAAAUGGAAAUAGGUCCAGAAUCGGGAUCGUCUUGAGUAUCGGGGGCUCCGGAAACGGAAUCAAAAUUGACUCCAGAAUUGGAAUUACCGGUUCUUAUGGAGAUGCCAAAAUCGACUCCGAUUUCGAAGCCGAUUCUCAGAAUUUCUCAAAAAUACCCACAAGGGAGCCAAUUCCGAUUCCGGCCUGAUUCCUACUCCGGAACCAAUUCUGAUUUCCGGUAUCAGUUCCGGAGCCUGAUCUGGACCAAAUUGCAAAUUUCCCGGACGAUUCCGAUUCCGGGACCUAUUUCGGAGUCGAUUUCGAUUCCAGAGCCGAUUCCGGAAUCGAUAAUGGAAACUGAUUCCGGACCAACUAUCCGGAAUCGAUUCCAAAAAUCUUCGGAGCUAGCCGGAAUCGAUUCCGACGAAAACUUCAUUUUCCCCAUCACUACACACUGCUGCUUGGCUCCCCAGCAUCCCCAAGGGGGUCGUGUUUUUGGCAACUCCCCGCUUUCCUAAGCAUGUUUAGCCUAAUUGAACGCGAACACUCAACGCGCUGAACGAGUUCACUCGCUGACACACACACACACCUAAUCGCAGCAGCACCAAAGUGUUGAAGCACGAGUGCCGAUUGGGUCGGGAUUUUAAUUUUCCUGAAAGGAUAGGCAUCAUCAUAAUUACUCGCUCGCAGGCUCGCUCUCCUUUGCCCAGCACGAAAACCAGCGUGUUUUAAUCAAACUGCUGCUGCUGCUGCGUGUUAAAUCCGGCUUCGAUGUGAAUUAAUUCGCUAUUUUUAAAAACACUCCAACAAACACUGGGCUUAGAUGGCGGGUGGCGUUAGAGGACACACCGGAGCCCGUCACAAUCGGUACAGCAAUCAAAUUUGGAGAAAAGAGUGUUCAAUUAGCAAGCUAGUCUAAUUAAUUCAUCUCAUGGGGCAGUAUAGUAGUUGAUGAAACUCGGCGAGUGAGGCCUUUUGCGCCUCGCAAUCUUAAUCCAUGCUUUCCUUAGCCUUUUCGAUGCGCAGUGUCCUUGGGCGAGUUUUUUUUUCCCUUCACCUGCUGGUUGCGGUAAACUUUCUGCGGUUAAACCUCAGGCGGUAAUCCAAACUAAAAGAGAAAAGGCGCGCGAACCAGCAGCUACAUCAAAAGCGAAGCGAGGGCAGUUGCUCCGUUGCUGCCGGGCAGGAAGCAGACACGCCGAAGGAGGAAAAUCAAGCGAAAAUAAUUAAACCAUUUAAAGUUUUAAAUUGAACCGCCCGGUCUCUGGCCGGCGCUGUUCGGCGCAUUUUUAUAGCCUUGACGAAUUUUUAAGGAACAAACGGAGGUCCCUCAAAGUGUGUUUGUGUGUGUGUGCCGUAAGUGUAACGCGUAAUGACACUUAGCACAGUGACGUUCCCCUUGUGUCUUUUUUCCCCCUGCUUUAGCCCUGUGCCUGUGGAGGUGCCCUCGAUUGCCCUCUUCCGCAGCAAAAGUGACAGGGCACUGCGCGGCCCCACAUAGAAGGAGGAUGCAGCCCAGAGAAAAAUAUUAUAAUUAUGUCAUAAAACUGGCCACAAUUGAUUGGCCCACGGCAGGUAACGGAGCCCAACAGCGCGAGAGAAAGGGAAAAAGGGGAAGUUAUAGUUUCUGGGGACUGGCAAUGCGAUCGUAAAACCAGUGUGUCAGACAUCAGCCGGGUUGAAGGAAGGUAAAAUGAAAGAUGGGUUUAAAAAAUAUAAAACCCCGUAAAACAAAACGUCUCCCGUCCGAUGAGUAAUGGUUGUGUAACGAGAGAGAGAGAGAGAGAGAGAGCGGGAGAGAAAGAGAGAUGGUGCGUAAUUAAAUUAAAUUAUAUUUGAAACACCACCCCGCACGGGCGGGAAGGGAGGAGUUUUGAGUUGAGGCGAAAAUUGAAUUCAAAACAGAACCGAAACAGAACGGAUCCCCAAAAAACCAGUGCCACCAUGCAGCAGUCGUCUGCUUGAUGCUGAUGAUGAAGGGUACACUGGGAAUAACAACACAAAAAACGUGCUACACGCAUUGCAGAGCACAAAAAGUAGAAAAGAAUGGAAAUAAAUGUCCAAGAAGGCAAUAAAAUAAUGGUUGUUUGGCCGCCCCGGAAGGACGGAUGUCUUUGUGGUCUUUGAAGAACGUGAAACCGAGUGUAACAAAAAGAAGAGGGUAAUAAAGUGAAAAUUGAAUGAUAAUGUACCCACCCACAGGUCCCACUUCUCGCCCCUUCUUAAAAACUCCCAACGACGACCCCAUGGUGUAACGCCCCGUUCGCCCCCUCUUUCCCCCCCCCCCCCUCCGUAAGUUUAA